UCUUGCUAUUUGAAUUAUUGGCAUUGACGUUGGACACUUUGUGUGCUUGGAAGGAAAAUUACAGUUUUGAGACUUCGUGUUGUAAGUGAAUCAUGGAUGACUGUGAAUGGAAUUCGGAGAGUAGCGUGGCCUCUGAUGCACUCUCACCUUUGGCACCAUUAGUCAUAUGGACCAGCAGAAGGUCUACUGCGUGUCCUUCACCGCCAAAUAUAGCAGCAUCAUACGGCACAUCUUAUGGAGCACAUCACCACGCAAAUGCUGAAAGCGGCAAUCAAGGAGCGACCUCUGAAUUCUCCUACGCAUAUUAUCCUCCUCAGCGUUCCUCAUUCAGCUCUUGCAACACAUCAAUAUCUACCUCCGAUGCCCUUCAAGAUCAUCCUUUGAUGGGGGACGUGGCAGACAAGUUCAGGGAGCAACUACCAGAGUUCCAGAGAAAUACAAAUACAAACGCUACUGAAAUUUCAACAACAGUUGUAGAAAACCCAUGCUCUUAUCCCAUGACGUCGGCAGUGGACACUGACAACAGAUCGCAGGACAACAGUCACCAAACUACUACCUAUCCCGUCUCAGUUUCAGAUCACUACACAGGCCAUGGUCAAGUAGCUUAUGACUUGGAAGAUGUGAAUUGCUCAAGCAAGUCUGCCGAUGUGGACUUUCACAUCUACGGACGUAUUCCAGUAUCUCCUCUGUCGUCUAGCUUUUCUGAGGAUCCUAAACAUCACGAUCUCCAAGCGUUCAACAAUAUUCCCACCUCUGAGUCCUUUUCGGAGGAAGAUUGUCAACUUCAAAUUGACCUUUCUCUACCUGAAACGUUGCUCAGCAAGGAAAUAGAUAAGUCACGCGAUCGCCAGCAUGAUAAUUCGUUCACUUGUAAAGUGUGCGAUAAAACCUUCAGUAGGCGAUAUAAUCUGACCCGACAUGAAACGGUUCACUCAGGUGUGAAACCUUUUACGUGCAAGUACUGCGCUAAGUCAUUCCGUGAUAAAUCCGGUCUUACCCGUCAUGCACGUGUCCAUACCGGGGACAAGUCGUUUAAGUGUGAUCACUGUGAUCAAAUGUUCACCGAAAAUUACAGCCUACGAGUUCAUGAACGUACGCAUACCGGAGAGAAGCCCUUUCAGUGUAAAUUAUGCGGCAAGGCAUUCACGCAAACAUCACAUCUCAGAGAUCAUGAACGCAUCCAUACUGGAGAAAAACCGUUCAAGUGUAAAGUAUGUAACAAGGCAUUCAGACAAAAAUCAAAUCUCACACGUCAUCAACCCAUACAUUCUGGAGAGAAAUAAUGUUUGUGCAAGGAAAGUGGAGAGCCUGUCCAUAGAAAAUCCAGCCUCGCAGCACAUGCACGAACCCAUUCCUAAGAGAUAGGGAUCAUGUGUCAACGAUCGUGGCAAAUCUUUCGUUGCGAAAAACUCUCUUUGAAAGAUUAAGAACGGACAAACACUCUUAAACAGAGGCUUUUUGAAAAUCAUAGGAAAUCACGAAUUUUAUGUCCGUUUUGAAUCGUUAGUAAACUCAAUGCCGAUGAGAGGCUGAUCUGAUCUGCAUUUUAAUACCCGCUUGCUUACACGCUGAAUUCACCAAUAAUAAUAAUGUGUAACAUCAAAAACAUUAUUUUGUGCCAUUGUAUUUAAGCUGAUAUGUACUAUUUUAUUCCAUGUUGUCCUUUGCACAUCUUACACAGACGGAGCGUAUUUCCAUUGUAACUAAGAAGCCCUUUCGAAUGUCGAAUGCUAGUAUACUACUUCAAGAGCACGUACGCCUGGUAUGGAUAUUUGCGGUUGCGGAGGAGAUCUGCUGUGUUCAAGUUCGCGUCUAACGCUACAAAUUUUCGGUCUGUAUAUAUCUUUUUGGUCCCAUGUGUAAUAUUGUAUAGUCCUGUUCUAGUCUUCGCCCGUCAAAUUUUCUAAUACUAUCUCAAUGUUCA